AUGUCGUAUUUCCUGACGCACUUGGCGUCCGGAUGGCAUGUCGACCAGGCGAUCUUAUCGGAGGAAGACCGCGUGGUAGUACUCCGUUUUGGCCACGACUAUGACGAGACGUGCAUGCUGAUGGAUGAGACCCUGUUUGGGAUCGCCGAGCGCGUGAAAAACUUUGCUGUGAUCUAUCUAGUGGAUACGACGCAGGUACCCGAUUUCAAUAAGAUGUACGAGCUGUACGAUCCAUGCACGGUCAUGUUCUUUUACCGGAACAAGCAUAUUAUGAUCGACCUGGGGACAGGCAACAAUAAUAAAAUUAACUGGGCGAUUGAAGGCAAACAGGAGAUGAUCGAUAUCAUCGAGACGAUUUACCGCGGCGCGUCCAAAGGCCGCGGUCUUGUCAUCAGCCCCAAGGACUACUCGACACGGUAUCGCUAUUAG